AAGGCACUUCUAAUAGGUCAAAGUCAACUUCUAUACAAGGUUUGGAGCCAGCCACAUAGAAAGGAGAUAAACACAACUAUUGCCUCACAAGUCACAACAACAUUCCUAAAGUUUGUGUGUUCGCAAUGACCCCAAGUCCACUAAACCGAGAUCAUAUGGAGGAUGGUCAAUCAUUUGAUCUGGAAGAUUGGCUUCCAAUAACAGCAUCAAGAAAUGCAAAUUGGUACUAUUCAGCUUUCCACAACGUAACUGCAAUGGUUGGUGCUGGAGUUCUUGGCCUUCCCUACGCCAUGUCAGAGCUUGGAUGGGGACCUGGGGCUGUGGUGCUGAUCCUGUCAUGGGUGAUUACGUUAUACACCCUUUGGCAAAUGAUUGAGAUGCACGAAAUGUUUGAAGGGCAACGUUUUGAUAGGUACCAUGAGCUGGGUCAGGCAGCCUUUGGGAGGAAGCUUGGUCUGUACAUCAUCGUGCCCCUACAACUUCUUGUUGAAACCAGUGCGUGCAUUAUCUAUAUGGUGACAGGAGGCGAAUCGUUGAAAAAAGUUCAUCAACUUUCUGUGGGAGAUGACAAGUGCACAAAGUUGAGAAUCCGACACUUCAUUUUGAUAUUUGCCUCUUCGCAGUUUGUGCUCUCCCUUCUGAAGAACUUCAACUCAAUUUCCGGUGUCUCUUUGGUAGCGGCCGUCAUGUCUGUAAGCUAUUCCACGAUUGCUUGGGUAGCUUCACUGGCAAGGGAAGCCCCAGAGAGUGUCGAGUACGGUUACAAAACAAAAACAAACUCGGUGCCUUUAGACUUCAUAGGUGGAUUGGGGGAGAUGGCUUUUGCGUACGCAGGUCAUAACGUAGUUUUAGAAAUUCAAGCAACGAUCCCAUCAACACCAGAGAAUCCAUCGAAACGACCCAUGUGGAAGGGAGCCAUCGUAGCCUAUCUCAUCGUUGCUUUCUGCUACUUCCCUGUGGCUCUUAUAGGGUUUAAGACCUUUGGGAACAAUGUCGAAGAAAACAUACUUACAUCUCUCCAUGAUCCCAAGGCACUUAUCAUUCUUGCCAACAUGUUUGUGGUCGUACACCUCCUCGGAAGCUACCAGGUGUACGCAAUGCCAGUGUUUGACAUGAUCGAAUCUGUAAUGAUAAGGAAAUGGCACUUCAGGCCAACAAGGGUUCUAAGGUUUAGCAUCCGCUGGACAUUUGUGGCUGCCACAAUGGGUAUUGCAGUGGGACUACCGUAUUUCAGCGCGUUGCUAUCAUUUUUUGGAGGAUUCGUGUUUGCCCCAACCACAUACUUUAUCCCUUGCAUCAUAUGGUUGAUCCUGAAGAAACCAGAUAGAUUUAGUCUAUCAUGGUGUAUCAACUGGAGUUGCAUAAUUCUUGGGGUUGUACUGAUGAUCAUUGCACCUAUCGGAGGACUCGUUAAAUUAAUAUAUCAGAUCAACAAUAAAAGUCUACCAAACUCCAACUGCACCAUCACAUAAAUUACGAAACGGUGAAUGAUGCAAUGUUUCUUCAUUUCAUUCAGCAAUGUGUGUGUCUAUUCACUGAUUGUGUGUGUUUCUCAGUUGGUUGGAUUCCACGAAAUUUCAGUUGUUGUAUUGUACAAGAUUAUGCUCUUUCUUCCGGUUUGUUAGACUUAAAUUCGUUACCUACCAAACUGUUAGGCACCACCACUAAGACACAACGGACUCUCCAAAUCAAUCGAUUUCCCCCUCCUCCACUUGUUCAUUUAUGCCAAGAUGAUGUGGCAAAGCAACCAUCGGCUCAGUUUCUUGGUCAUCCUCAUCUGUCGUGUAGCCCCAGCUGCUCUAGAGGAUUGAUGCCUCCAAACCCCAAAACACCCAACCCAUCCUCUUCCUCCUCUCAUGUUAUUCUCGAUUGCUCCUUUGUUGUUGUUGCUGUUUUCAGCAGUUCCAAGUCCUUGAGAAACCUUGAGUUGUCGUUUAUUUCGACCGUCUGUUCACCCAUUAUCAUUAUUAAUAUUUC